ACAGCAGAACUGAUGAGUCUUUUGAUUCUAAAUACAUACGAUGACAUUAUUCUCACAAAGUAGUAAAUUUCAUCACUAAAAUGUAUUCACGUAAAAUUAAUCUUAUUAAUAAUAAUAAAUCUUUCAUGAUUAUUUUUUGAAGCCACUACAUCCCUCAGUAUUACAGACAGAAAUCCGACGAUUUUUUCUUCUUCACCGACCCCGAGCACUUUGUUCACUUCUUCCUGCCUGAAGAGGGACAAGAAGCAUGGCAGUUGCUGCAAAAGCCGCUGUCGUUUGAAAAGUUUGCAAGAAAACCGAUUGUGGAAAAAGACUAUACUCAAUCUGGCUGGAGGAUGUCUGAUGAACAGACGUUUGUCACAAAAGCGCCUGAAGGUAGAUGUGCCAUCAGGUUUGAUGAUGUUCCCAGAGAUGAGUCACUCAAUCAGUACAAACUCUACUUUAACCCAGAUGAGUCAGAAGCCUCAUUGCCUGAGGAGUUACAGCUGGAAUCAUAUGUUGUGGUCAACUCAUCACCAAAGUCACUCAUCUUUCGCCUGCCUGUACCUGGUUUAUAUCAAGUGCACAUCCUCGACAAACACGGGUCGGAGCUAAUAUACUUAUUGUUAGAGUGCUCAGGACCAAUCAAGAAACAGCGACCUCUACCCAUCACACCGGAAGCCGGAUUUGGUUUCGGUACCGAAGCGCAGGACGCUGGCCUGUCAGAGCCAUCUCGUGAAGACGGGAUGCUCGAUGUCCGCGAAGGGGAGAAAAUUCGCUUUAAAUUCCGCACUCAGCCCUCCACGAAUGUGCGGGCCAGGCUUGUGCACCACGACCGCGGAAGUGACGAGUUCACCAGUCGCGUUGCGCAUGAGCAAAAAGGUGAUCAGGUGACCGUCAGCGUCAGAGUCCCGUAUGAUGACCACAACCCUGAGUACGGACUGCAGAUUGACACCUGGGAAGGUGGAAACGACAGUGACUACAUCAACGUCCUCAACUACCUGCUGACGCAAGACCAGCAGCUGACGAGCACAGUGAAAGGCAGGAAAGAACAGAUUCGCGAUGAGCUGAAGCUGGCCAUAACCGACAUGACGCCGAGGUCCUUGAGAACGCCCUUGUCAAGUACUGUGCGUCCGGAGGUGAUGACAAGGGCAGACAAUCUCAUGCGAAUAAGAAGAAGAAAAGCAAGACCACCACCACCACCACCACCAAAUACCUACUCCUGAAGGCCUG